UGCAGUGCUGGGAUGGAGCUGCCGCAGGGCCCUUGGCCAGCUCAGCCCACCCCCCUCCUCCCUGCUGCUGCCGGACCAGGGCUGGCUGCCUUCUGAGGCCGUCUGAAGGGGAGCUGGCAGGAGAAGAGUCGCUUUUAAGAUGACACGAACAGACCCGCCUGACAUCCUGGUGUCUACAGUGUACCAAGACAUAAAGGUGGCCACCACAGCCCCCAGGGAUUCAAUUGUCUGCCAGCCCCUGGCACAAUGUGAUGCCUCCAUGUCCUCGUCCCUGCCCCGCGAGCCGCAGCCCUUCAACAAGCGCCACUGCAGGAGCUUUGACUUCCUUGAGUCAUUGGACGAGCAGCUGGGCACCCCCCCAGCCAUGGAGCGCUCCUGCCCGCGCCCUGGCACCCCCGAACCUGCACCAGGGCCGCCAGGCAGGCGGGUGCCACCCAAGACGGACCCUUACACCGGCAGAGUGCCCCCGCCGAGGAGCGAGCCGAAGCGACGCGCCCGCUCCUGCCGAGUGGACAUCAAGCCGGACGAGGCGGUGCUGGUGCACGCGGCGCGCAGCCUGCGGGCAGCCCAGAACAGGCAGGAACCGCCGCGCUGGCCCCGUGUGCCCGGGGCUUCCCGCAGCCUGGCAGUGCCGGGGAGCAGGCAGGCGUCUGCCUCCCGCACACCCACCCCCAGCGAUUCCUACAGCGGGGACCCCCCGCUCCUGCCCUACCCCGGCGAGUACUAUGAGGCAGACCCCCGGGCGCUGGCAUACCAGACGGUGCCGGUGCCGGCCUCACGGGAGUUCAGGGAGUACCCGGAGAGGGGCUGCAUGACCUUCUCGGCCGCCAGCGUCCCUGCCAAGUUCUUCUACGCAGAGGAGCCGGCGCGCUGCCCCAGCCCCGCCAUGCCCCUCCGCAGCUCCGGCUACGCCAGCUACCCCUACCCUGGCCGCCACACCAUCCCCCAGCACUUUUACACUGAGGACCCGACCAAAGCCGCUAUCCACACGGUGCCACCCCGGACGUUGUACGUGGAGGAGGCGCGGGGCUACCCGGUACAGGAGGCGCCUGCCCGUGCCUUCUAUGGGGAUGAGCCCCGCUUUUAUGCCCCCCGCGGCACCCCUGUCAAAACCCUCUACACCGAGGAUGCCCGGACGUACCCGGCCCUUGGCUCCUCUGCGCGGGUCUUCUAUGCUGAGGACUAUGGGAAGUACCGGGAGCGGGAGGUGCUGUCGCGGACGUGCCCCCCACCUCGCAGCACCCAACCCUUGCACUUCAGUGACUGGUACUGCCCUGAGCGGGGCACACUGCCCUACCAGACCUUGCAAGUGUCACGCUUUACCCCACAGCCAGCCGGGCGCGAGGCCAUGUUCUCCUCCUGGCACGCCAGCUAUGGCGUCACCCCUCCACGACUGGGCCGGGAGAGCCAGCACUACUCCAAAUCCUGGGAUAACAUCCUGGCGCCAGCGGCGCGCAGGGAGGAGGUCCUGCAGCGCGGACGCAGCUAUGAGAACCUGCUCGCCCAGGAGCAGCACCGUGCCUUAUCCCCUGAGGAGCGCCGGCAGCCGGUGGUGAUCAACCUGUCAAGCUCGCCCAAGCGCUACGCUGCCUUGUCCCUCUCAGAGAGCUCCAUCCUCGAGAGGGUGCAUGCUGACGGUGGCCGUGGCCCCCCAGGCCGCUCCUGGUAUGUCACACCGGAGAUCACCAUCACCGACAAUGACAUCCGCGCUGAUGGGCUGGGCAGGAGUGAGAGGCGCUCGGCCAGCUGGGAUGUGCUGGAUGGGGGGCGGGAGCGCGGCCCCUACACCGUGCCCUGUGCCCCACAGCCCGUCCCCAGGGAGAGCAGCUCGGGGCGCCAGCGCAGCCUGGAGCAGCUGGACGAGCUCAUCACAGACCUUGUCAUCGACUACAAGCCGGCACCAGGCCACCGUGCCGGGGACAGGGACAGUCUCGCUGAGCAGCUCAAGCAGCUUCUGAGCAGCAGCACCACAGGGGCCCCCCGACAGGGCGAGGGCAGGAAGGUCCCUCCCAGCGUGCCUGAGGGACCCCGACCCACAAAGGAGCAGCCAGGUCCCAGCUCCCGUGACAGUGCCCCGCGCCCCCCACCCACCUCACUGUCCGUUGGCCCCUUCGAGAAGUCUCCGGAGAACUGCUCACCUGACCUGAGCGCGGAGGAGGACGACAUGAUGAUGUGCUCCAACGCCAAGUGCCGGCGGACAGAGACCAUGUUCAACGCCUGCCUCUACUUCAAGUCGUGCCACAGCUGCUACACCUACUACUGCUCCCGGCACUGCCGCCGUGAGGACUGGGACACGCACAAGGAGAGCUGCGUCUAUGGGCGCGUGGGCAGCAUCUGCCGCCACGUCCUGCAGUUCUGCCGGGAGAACACCGAGGUGCACAAGGCCUUCUCACGCAUCGCCAAGGUGGGCUACCUCUCCCGUGGCCGUGGCGUCCUCUUUCUGGGCUUCCCCAAUGCCGGCUCAGCUGAGAACUUCCUCCAGUUCGGGCUGGAGAGCCUGCUGAUGUCCCCCACCUACCUGUCCCUGCGGGAGCUGGAGAGCUACUCGGACAACCUGGGGGAGUAUGCCCGGGAGCUGCGGGAGACGGGCAACCAGUAUGACCCCGAUGAAUGUUUCCUCCUGAAUGUAACUGUGGCCGUCACUCAAAAAGUGCCGGAGAGGCCAUCGCCAAAGAUGCAGGUGCCGACGGUCAGGAAAUAUGCCAAGGUGGCCUUAGCCUCCUCCAGCCCUGAGAAGAAGAUCCUGAAGAAGGAGCGGGACAUGGAGACACUGAUCCUGACGCCUCCACCCGGCACAGCGGACAUCGACAAGGAGGGGGAAGAGGGCCGCAAGGCGCGGGAGGUCUGCUUCAUCAACAUCCAGCGGGAGCUGCGCAUCCGUGGCGUCUUCCUGCGGCACGAGUUCCCCGCCGUCUACGAGCAGCUCUGCGACUUCGUGGAGAGCAACAAGCGCUUCACCCCCACCACCAUCUACCCCAUCGACAAGAGGACAGGCAAACAGUUCAUGUGCAUGAUCAUGGCAGCCUCCGAGCCCCGCACCCUCGACUGGGUGGCCAGCCCCAACCUCCUGGAUGACAUCAUGUGAACGUGGGGUGUGGACCCCCCCAGCACCCCCUGGGUCACCCCCCUUUGUAGAUAGGUGUUGCCCUGUCAGCACGGUGGGACGGGGACCCCCUCUCCGAUGCAGCCCCAGGGGAGGCAGCUGCGGUGGGCUGCCAGUGCUCAGCCUUGGCUGAGGGAGCUGCAGCCAGAGCCACGGUGGGGCCGGGCUGGGGGGGCCACGGGCCGAGGUUUCCUGUGGGGUGCAGGUCCCAGCCAACGUCCUGGCAAGGCCCCAGAGAGCCCUCUUGGGGCAAGCGGUGCUUGGCCUGAGUGGGGGCACCCCAGGCACCCUCCCCAGCCUCUGCCCACCAGCCAGCCCGACUGCCUGCACACCCAGACCCCCCCGCCGUGCCUGCCCACACCCCGUGCCUGUGCCCAGAGCCCUGCCUGGCCUCCCCAGUGCCCCCAGUACCCGGGGUCCCGCAGAGCCCCAAGGCACUGCAGGGGCUGUGCCCGGGCUGGGGGUGCCUGUACGGUCUGCGGGUGGGAGCAGGGCGCCACAAGGUCUCUGUGUCCGAGCAUGUUACUGUCCGAGGUCCAGUGGGACCCUGUAAAGGCGGCUGAGGCACCCUCGGGUGCCCCCCGGGACCCCUUAAAGUCUCUGGGUACAGGGUCCCUGCAUGCGGGGUGGGGUUGGGUGGUCCCUGGAUGUUGACACGGGCGCGGGGCCGUGUCCAGUGCUGGGGGCCGAGCCAGGCCCGGCCCAAGGGAGGGUGGUGGGCAGCCCCGGUGCCCCCGGGGCGCACGCCCACCUCCC